AUGAAGAUGGGUUGGCGCGAUAUUUUCUCCUCGGACGCAGCGCAUGUCCGCCGAGAUAUGCAGCGGCAUCGAUUGCUCCCAGCUUAUGCAGGGGAAGAGGUAACACCUAGCCACCCCGCAAAGGAGGUGACCAAGGUCGCUUUGCGGUUGAAGUACCAAAUUGAACAGGUUAUCCCCUGUGAGCUGGAUGAGGACUCUAUCAUUAGUCCCAACAGCAAGAUCAUCACACAAAAUGUGGUCGAGACUGCUGUCCAGGCGGGAGGAGACGACCUUCCUGACUGUGUCCCAUUCUGUCUACUCGUGUGCCUGCGAUGGUUCAAACGCCAAGCGUCACUUGAGUUGUGGGAUGCUGACCUCCAUGAGCUUCGAGCGACGGCGUGUGUGGUCAUAGCAAAGCGGAUUAUCGAAGCGGAAGAAGACCAGGAUCAUCUCCUUGUUCAUGUUCUGCUCAAGCGGCACUCCAUCUUUGUUGACGGAGAGGAAAGCGAUCCCGCCAAUGUCAUCGAGCGCGCUGUUGACCUUCAUGCUCUGAGGAUUAUCGGCUCUUCUGGAUACCAAAAGUGUAUCAAAUAUCUUUGGAAUGGCUGGCUGUGUCAACAGCAGGGAAAUCCGACCAAUUUCGUCCCAUAUCUUGAACGGGAUAGCACCAGUUUCAGGGUUCACUUCCACCCGGAUCGGAUGAGGGCGCCUAUUUACCAGAACGCGUGCCAGAUCCUGUUCUCACUCGUCUACUUGGCUUUGUACACUGAAGUUAUCAACACCGUCAAUCCCACUGGAGACCUGGAUAUUGUCGAGGGCAUACUCUAUAUCGUGACCCUCGGGUUUAUUUGCGACGAGGUGACAAAGUUGUGGAAGAUUGGAACAAACUAUUUUGAUUUCUGGAACGCCUUCAACUCCACACUUUAUACGCUCCUGGCCGUCUCGUUUUUCUUGCGGGUCGCUGCUUUGACACAUUCUGCUUCUGCCGGCGAUGAGCAGAGACAAGCGUUGAACAAACUGAGCUACAACUUUCUGGCCUUUGCGGGACCAAUGUUCUGGAUGCGCAUGAUGCUAUACCUCGACACAUUCAAGUUCUUCGGGGCAAUGUUUGUGGUACUGCGGGUGAUGAUGAAGGAGAGCUUGAUCUUCUUCGCCCUGCUUUUUGUGGUCCUCGUCGGAUUCUUCCAAGCGUUCACGGGUAUGGCACAGGUCGACAGUGGCCCGCUCGUUACAAAGAACAUCAUCAUUGGAAUGGCCAACAGUAUCAUGCAAAGCCCGGAAUUUGGCAUGUUUGAGGACUUCGCAUUCCCUUUUGGUAUUAUCCUCUACUACUUCUACACAUUCAUCGUCUUGACAAUUCUCCUCAAUAUCCUGAUUGCUUUGUAUAAUAGCGCCUACGAAGCUAUUUCCGGGAAUGCUACUGAUGAAUACAUGGCUAUGUUCGCCCAGAAGACAAUGCAGUUCGUCCGGGCGCCGGAUGAGAAUGUCUUCAUAGCCCCGUUCAAUCUUGUGGAGAUUCUAUUCUUGAUUCUCCCUUUUGAAUGGUGGCUCUCCAGCGAGAGAUAUGCAAGUCUAAACGACAUCGUGAUGGCCAUUAUCUAUUCACCCCUUCUUCUUGUCAUUGGAUUCCUAGAGGUCCGUGAGGCGCGCCGAAUCAGAAGCAAUCGCCGCCGCGGAGAGGAAGAUGAUGACGAUGUAGAAGAGUGGGAGCACAUCGCCGAGCAAGUUGACUUUGACCUGGAUGAUACCUGGAAGCAGUCCGUCCGCGAGACAUCUCCUAAUGUGCACGUGGAUCAGUGCAGCCUUGAAGUCGCCAAACUGAGGGAGCAGGUCCAGAGCCUGACUGAGGUGGUCAGACAAUUGACCGAGGACAGGAUGGCUACGAGUUUUGGUCACGGAGAGUCGAGCUCCAAUGCUGCUGAUUGA